GUGGAGGGGAGACAGACCCAGCCCAGAGCUCCUAGUGGUUUCCUGUUGCCCGGCUCUAAACCCUCCACAUUCCGGCAGACCUUCACACAGCCCAGAGCACUCUGCCUGCUGCCCGCCUGCCUGCCACUGAGGGUUCCCAGCAUCAUGAGGGCCUGGAUCUUCUUCCUCCUUUGCCUGGCCGGGAGGGCCUUGGCAGCUCCUCAACAGGAAGCCCUGCCCGAUGAGACGGAGGUGGUAGAGGAAACUGUGGCUGAGGUGGCAGAGGGACCUGUGGGAGCCAACCCCGUGCAGGUGGAAGUGGGAGAAUUUGACGAAGGUGCCGAGGAAACCGAACAGGAGGUGGUGGCUGAAAACCCCUGCCAGAACCACCACUGCAAACAUGGCAAAGUGUGUGAGCUGGAUGAGAACAACACCCCCAUGUGCGUGUGCCAGGACCCUACCAGCUGCCCUGCCCCCAUUGGCGAGUUUGAGAAGGUGUGCAGCAAUGACAACAAGACCUUUGACUCUUCCUGCCACUUCUUUGCCACCAAGUGCACCCUGGAGGGCACCAAGAAGGGCCACAAACUCCACCUGGACUACAUUGGGCCUUGCAAAUACAUCCCCCCCUGCCUGGACUCCGAGCUGACCGAAUUCCCCCUGCGCAUGCGGGACUGGCUCAAGAACGUCCUGGUCACUCUGUACGAAAGGGACGAGGACAACAACCUUCUGACCGAGAAGCAGAAGCUGCGAGUGAAGAAGAUCCAUGAGAACGAGAAGCGCCUGGAGGCUGGAGACCACCCCGUGGAGCUGCUGGCCCGGGACUUCGAGAAGAACUACAACAUGUACAUCUUCCCCGUGCACUGGCAGUUUGGCCAGCUGGACCAGCACCCCAUUGAUGGGUACCUGUCCCACACAGAGCUGGCCCCACUGCGUGCACCCCUCAUCCCCAUGGAGCACUGCACCACCCGCUUUUUUGAGACCUGCGACCUGGACAAUGACAAGUACAUCGCCCUGGAUGAGUGGGCCGGCUGCUUCGGCAUCAAGGAGCAGGAUAUUGACAAGGAUCUGGUGAUCUAAAUCCACGCCUGCCUCCUUCCGCAGUUCCGGAUCCUCCCUCUUUGAUCUUCCCCUUCCUGUUUCCCCCAAAGUUUAAAAUGUUUGGAUGGUUUGUUGUUCUGCCUGGGGACAAGGUGCUAAUAUAGAUUUACAUGAAUACAUUAACGGUGCUAAAAAUGGAAA